UUCUUCAUCUCCAAGUCAUCUUGUCAAAAUUUCUUGAGCCUUAUCCACCACCAUUUCCUCCACUCCAUUGAACCAAAGAAAAACACUAACAUUACCAUCCCUCACAAUCAGCCAUGUAAUGUAACCCGACACGAUGCAAGACACACUCCUCCAUUUCCUCUCCAACAACACCAGCAACCAAUCCUCCCCAUUUCCUUAUCCCAAAUCACACAAUCUUGCCGCAUCAUCCUUCCAUGAUUAUUUCUCCCCGCUUUCUUGCCCCAGAAACCUCCAUUUUCCAUCUCUUUCCUUCAAAACAAACACCAUUUCCCUUCCUCUUAAGCCCCUCAAAACACCAGAAAUCCCCUCCAUAUCGUCACACCAUACCCCUCCACCGCCACCCAAUUCUGAAUUUCAAGAAAAAAUGCUUUACCUUGACUCAAUAGGCCUAGACAUAUUCUCCCUCAUAAACAACCACCGUCCGAUCAUCCUCUCAGCCUCCUUAACAAACAUCAAAUCCAUCAUUGAUUUACUGACCUCCAAGAACUUCACUCCACGAGAGUUCCGCCGAAUCAUCUCCAUGUGCCCGGAAAUCCUUAACUCCACUCCUUCCACUAUCACCCCAAUCAUCACCUUCCUACUCCGCGAAGCCCGCGUCAGCGGCUCCGAUUUAAAACAUGUCAUAAACCGACGGCCCAGAUUGCUCGUAUCCAGCGUCAAGCAUUGCUUGCGCCCCGCUCUCUAUUUCCUAAAAAACAUUGGCCUUGAAGAGGUAAAAAGACACACGUAUCUACUGUCUUGUAGUGUUGAAACGAAACUCUUACCAAGAAUCCAAUACUUUGAGAAAAUUGGGUUCUCUCAUGAAGAUGCUGUUUCCAUCUUUAGGAGAUUUCCACAACUGUUUAAUUUCAGCAUUAAGAGUAAUAUUGAGCCCAAGUUGAAUUAUUUUGUUGUGGAGAUGGGAAGGGAUCUGAAGGAAUUAAAAGAAUUUCCACAGUAUUUUUCUUUUAGUUUAGAGAAUAGAAUUAAGCCUAGACAUCAAUGCUGUGUUGAGAAAGGUUUGUAUUUUCCUCUACAUACAUUGUUAAAGACAAGCGAGGCGCAAUUUGUAAGUAGGAUCGAUGUUUGUUGUAAUUCUUCAGUUCCUUUGAGAAGUUCUCCUUUGUAUUCUGUAAAUUGUGACAUUGAUUCUUCUACUAGCACAGAGUAAAUUUAUAUUUGUGUGGUGGAUGUAUCCUUGGAUUGCUGUGUGGCUAGAUGGUGUCACUGCCGGUAUGCUAUUGUCAGCUGUGAUAAAAAUCGUCAAUCCCAUACAUUUUACGUUAGAAGGUGUAUGGCUGCCGUUUCCGAUGAAAAUAUCAGAACUUUCCUGGCUGUGAAUUUGCAUCUUUAUGUUAUCUAUGCCAUUUAAUUUUUUCUAUCAGGAGCCUUUUAUUAGAAUAAGUUUGAUAAAUGUAAUGCAAUUGAAAUGGUGUCUUCUUUCUUACAUUGCACA